CUCGCGGAGAGCGGGGUUUAAAAGCCAGGCGGCCGGGGGUAGGGGUUCAGAGGCAAGAGGCAAGUCCGGCCGGAACGCGAUCGGGACGGGAGGAGAGGAGCAGCGGGGGGGCACCCACCCCUUCCCAGCCCACCGCACCCCAUCCUACCCCACCCACUCCGAGUUCUCCCCCGUGGCGAUGUCCAACGUGCACCUCUCCGGCGCCGCUACGGCCGCCCUGGAGCGCCUCUCCGCCCGGCGAGCCCUGGCCGGGCACGGCCGCAGCCCCGUCUGCAGGAGCCUUUUCGGGCCGGUGGACCACGAGGAGCUGGGUCGGGAGCUGCGGAACCGCCUGCGAGAGAUGGGGGAGGACGACCAGCGCCGCUGGGACUACAACUUCCACACCGACACGCCGCUCCCGGGGCCCGGCCGCCUGCGCUGGGAGGAGGUGGAGGGCGGCGCCGUCCCCGCUUUCUACCGGGAGACGCUGCAGGUGGGGCGGCACCGCGUCCCCCUCUGCCGGGCGCCCCCGUCCCCGCCGCCGCCCUCCGCCGCCGCCGCCAAGGGGCCCGGCGGCCGCCUGAGCCGGGAGAACCGCGCCGCGCCCCGCCGCUGCGGCAUGCGGCCCCGCCGGAGGGGCCCGACGGCCCGCAUCACAGAUUUCUUCGCGAAGCGGAAAAGGCCGGUGGAGCCCAAGGCGGCGGCGGAUCGUCCCGCCGGUUGCCCGUCGUCCCCCGCCGCCGUGCCGGCUGAGCAGACCCCCCGCAAGCGGCUCCGGUGAGCCAGAGUUUUGCACUACAGCACCCACGGGAGAGGCGCGGCGCCCCCGGAGGCAGGGGGGGGCCAGGGUGGGCAGCGCGGCGAGCUGAGACCCCCCCCGGCGCCUUCAUGGACCGGGACCGGGAGCUGGAACGGAGCCGGAGCGCCUGCCCGCCGGCCGCGGCCGCGCACGGAGCAGUGUUAACGUACAACUGUGCAAUUUAUUACGUUUUAUAUAGAAAUGUAUUAUGCCUAAUGUGAGUACACUGGCCAGAAGUGUAAAGCUUUAAAAGUCAUUUAUAUGAAAUGUUUAAUCUCUGCUGAACUCUUCAGUGAAAAAAAAAAAGGAAAAAAAAAAGAAACAGAAAAAAGGAAAAAACCAAGUGUAUAUUUGUACAAAACUUUUUUAAGAGUUAUACUAACUUAUAUUUUCUAUUUAUGUCAGAAAUGUGGAUAACUUUGGACAUCCAAUAGUCUUGUGUUUGUUUUGGUUUUUUUUUGUUAAGCCAAAGGGCACUAUAUUUGCUUUUGUUAUUUACAAAAAUGUAAAUUUAUUUUUAUAGUGGAAAAUUUUUUGUUGCAUUCACAAGAUGUAGCUAUGAAUCAAAAUAUUUUUUAGACUUGACUUGAAGACAAAUCUGUUUCAAUGGUUCCUGAGCUGGUCUGUACCACUGCAAUUGCAAAUAAUGCCACAACUUCAAUAAUAUAAAUAAAUAAAUAAAACAAGCCAGGAAACUUC